CAUCUUUGGAAACUGAUGGUGGAGGAAUCAGAUUUACUAGGACAACUGAAGAUUAUAAAAGACUUUUACCUUUUGGGAAGAGGCGAGCUGUUCCAGGCCUUCAUUGACACUGCACAGCACAUGUUAAAGACACCGCCUACGGCUGUAACUGAGCACGAUGUCAACGUUGCAUUUCAGCAGUCUGCUCACAAGGUACUGUUAGAUGAUGACAACCUUCUUCCUCUGCUUCACUUAACCAUUGAGUAUCAUGGGAAGGAGCACAAAGAUACUUCUCAGACUCGUGAAGGGCCUUCUCGGGAGCUAUCUCCACGUGAAGCCCCCGCAUCCGGGUGGGCAGCUCUGGGCCUUUCUUACAAAGUUCAGUGGCCGCUGCACAUUCUCUUCACUCCUGCUGUUCUGGAGAAGUACAACGUUGUGUUCAAAUACCUGCUGAGCGUGCGACGAGUCCAGGCUGAGCUACAGCACUGCUGGGCUCUCCAGAUGCAACGCAAACACCUGAAAUCCAACAGAACUGAUGCCAUCAAGUGGCGUCUGAGGGAUCACAUGGCUUUCCUUGUGGACAAUCUUCAGUAUUAUCUGCAGGUGGAUGUACUGGAAUCUCAGUUCUCGCAGCUGCUGCAGCAGAUAAAUGCCACGCGAGAUUUUGAGAGUAUACGAUUGGCUCAUGAUCAUUUCUUAAGUAAUCUGUUGGCUCAGUCCUUCAUCCUCCUAAAACCUGUUUUCCACUGCUUGAAUGAAAUUCUGGAUCUUUGUCACAGCUUCUGUUCUCUGGUCAGCCAGAAUCUGGGCCCGUUAGAUGAACGCGGAGCUGCACAACUCAGCAUUCUGGUGAAGGGAUUCAGUCGUCAGUCAUCACUUCUCUUCAAGAUCCUCUCUAGUGUUCGCAACCAUCAGAUAAACUCUGACUUAGCUCAACUGCUGCUACGCUUGGAUUACAACAAAUACUACACCCAGGCUGGAGGAACCUUGGGCAGGUACGAAGAUCUUUAG